AUGAACAGAAUAACGCUGUAUGAUUUUAUACUGGACGAAAUAAGAGGAGGGAGGUACUGUGAUACAUACCAUAGUGACAAAGAGAAUUCAGAAGAGAAGAGUAAAGAAAUUGAUAAAAAUAAAAAUAUUAUAUAUGAUAAUAAAAAGAUUAAUAGUAAGGAAGAAAAUAAAUAUGAUUUUUAUAAAUUUUUAGAUAAUUUUUUCAAGUCUGAUUCAAUACCUGAUAAUGCUUUAGAGCAUAUGUUAAAUGUGCCAUAUUUUUUGGAAAAAAUUAUGAGUAUUUCAUUUGUAUUAUGUUUAGAUAAUAUUUUAUAUGAUAUAACUUUUAUGCCUGUACAAGUCAUUAGAUCUAUUUUUAUUUUAGUAUAUAUUUUUUUAAAAAAUUUUAGUCAUAGUUUGCUAAAUGUCUUCAUCGCUUUCAAGAAUUUUAAAUUAUAUGAAUAUGCCACUACUUGUAAUUUUAAAGAUUUGAAAAAAUAUGAAGCCAGAGUUAUUAAGAAUUCAAGUAGGUUUUCGUAUAAUAGGGGGAGGAAAAUUUUCGACUCGGAUCACAUUACUAUUGCAAAUGAUGAUAAUAAUAGAAAAAAUGAUGAUGAAGAUGAAGAUGAUGAUGUUAAUAAUAAUAAUAAUAAUAAUUAUUAUUAUUAUUAUGAAAAAAAUAAAAACAAAAGUAUGGGAAGAAGUGCAGAAAGGCACAACGCCAAACGUAAAGACCUAGAUUAUUCUUUUAUCUCCAAAAAAGAACAGACAAACAGUUAUGGUACGAAUCAUCACGUAGAUGGAUUAACCUUUCACAUGAACUUUUCAAACUCCGAUGAAUUCAACUUGAAGGAACAGAGCUGCUCCAUCAGCAAUUCCGCUCACAUGAACGCGGAUGUGUAUAUGUUUAAAACUGUCGAAAGCCAAGAAAAUGGAAAUAACAACAACAGGGAUUGCACCUCUUGUCCUAGUAAUGCGUGUGGCAAUAAUGCCCUGAACAAUACGAACUGUGCAAAUAGAAUCAACUUUAGUCAAUGCACAGAAAAAAAAAUUAUAAAGAAUGUUAUCAGUGUAGAUAUGAAAUAUGGUAACACGGUACGUGUAAGGAGAUUGUAUAAGAACAAAUCGACGAGGGAUGAAAUGAAAUUACAAAAAAGAAAAUUACAAAUAAUUAAUAAAAAAUCGUUUGACGGAUCUACGAAAAAAAAGAAGACUAACAUUAUGACGUAUUUGUUAAAUCCACUUGUAUCAGCAAAAAAGAAAAUAUUGAAUUUUUUAAAAAAUGGAAUAAAAAAUCUUAAAGCCCUUUUUAACGCUAUAUGUAUGAAGGUCAUUCAUUUUUUUGAUAUCAAUAAAUUAUAUACGUUUAAAAUUUUAAAGGCUGAACAAAAAAAAAAAAUUGCUGCUAGGUCCUUUGAGGUGAAAUACCUCAAUAGUAGAAAAAACAAAAAUGAUGAAAAUGUUGUUGAAAUUACAAAAAAUCAAAAUGCGCAAAGUUUAGAAGCGAGUAACAGUGAUGGUGAACACGGAGGGUAUGCGGAAAAAGAAGACAGCGAAGGGAUGAGACAAAAAGGGGAUAGUGAAGACAAUGUUUAUGUACAAAAGUCUGUAAUUCGGAGUAGAAAGAUGGAUAUGCCUUAUAUAUGUAGCAACCACGAAAAUGAAGAUAAGAAUAAUCCAUUAAUAAAUGAUAAAAAAAGUAUAACCAUUAAUAUGAACGGAGAUAAAAAAUUAAUGGUUUACAAUCCUAGUGAUAAUAAUUAUGAGUUUAAUUUAAAUGAUAAAAUACACCUUUUUAAUAAUGGCGAAAAUAAUAGAAAUGAUCCGAGUAAGGAAAAAUAUAGCAGCUCUCAUAGAACGCAGAACAGUUAUGUGCAUAGUAAUGAAUGUGUUUAUGCUACAGAUGACAGAAGCGUUGGCAUUAAUGCUGAUAGUUUUUCCAACUGUAAUAUGUUGGAAGGUAGUGGUGGUGGUAACAAUGAACAUGACGAUGAACAUAACGAUGAACAUAACGAUGAACAUAACGAUGAACAUAACGAUGAACAUGACGAUGAACAUGACGAUGAACAUAACGAUGAACAUAACGAUGAACAUAACGAUGAAGAAAACAACCAUGGUAACAACCAUGAUGAUGAUUACAAUGGUGAGAACAUUGCUUAUGCUAAAAGACGCAAACCUCUACACGCUUCUCAAAAAAGGAAUAGUGAAAACUGUGUGUACUACAAACUAAAUGAAUGUUAUUCAAAAAGGAAGAGUAUAAAAAAAAAUAAAACAAAAGUAAGAGCUACUAAAAGAAAACUAUUAAAGCAGCAUAUAAAUUCUCUAAAAUUAUCCUUUCCGGAAUAUACUGGUUUGAUAAGAUUCUCUUUAAUAUUAAUUUGUAUUUAUAUAUUUUCGUUUGUUGAUACGUCAAGAAUAUAUCAUUAUAUAAGAGCCCAACCGUUUAUGAAACUAUAUGUUGUAUUAAAUAUGCUUGAAAUUUUAGAAAGAUUAUUAAGGUCAUUAGGAAAAGAUUUGAUAGAUAAUAUGAUCAGAACAUUUAUCCGAAUUAUAAAUUUACGUUCGUACGUUUAUAUAUUACGUAAUAGUUAUAAUAACGAACAAAAUGAAAAAGAAAAUUCUGAUCAAAUUUUUUUACAACGCCAAGAAGGAGGAGUUCAACAGCCUCAGAAGCAGCAACAACAAGAACAGCCACUGCUACUACUAGAACAGAUGGGAGUAAAUAUUAAAAAACAUGAUAAUCAUAAAGAAGAUGAAAAUUUAAUUAAAUAUGAUAAUAAAAACCAGCGAUACCUUAAUUCUCAAAAUAAAAAAAUUGAAUUUAUUGAUACCUCACAAUGGGAUAGUGUUAAAAAUAACGAGUCUAUGCAAAAUUAUAUGAAUAGUAAGGAUUUAUAUCAAGGACAACAUUAUAAAAAUAAAAAUAUGGCUAGUUACCAUUUUCAUCGUUACAAUGAAAAAGAGAACAAUUUUUCCUUUUUUCAAAAAAAUAAUAAAGAUGAUAAAAUAAACAAAAAUUUUAAAAUUCCUCUUUUUUAUCCUUUCUAUAGCAUUUUAAUCAAAUUUAUCGUACAAUAUAUUUUUGUUCUUGCCUACAUUUUAACUCAUUCCUUUGCGCAUCUUAUUCGCUUCUUGUCAUUGAACAUUGCUAUUAAUUCGUCAGAGUCGACGAUGUUUUUAAUUCUAGUUAUGAGCAAUUUUACGGAAAUAAAAUCGACGGUUUUCAAAAAAUUUACGAAAAUAUCACUUUUCACAAUUGUAGCUUCAGAUGCUGUUGAGAGAUUUUACUUAUUCGUUGAUGCAUUUCUUGUGUUAUUAAAAAUGUCAACAGCAUAUAGAACGCAAAAUUCGUUUAUUAGUAUUGCCAGUUGGUUAAUAAUUAUUCUAAUGCUUGAAGUAGGGGUAGACUGGUGCAAGCACUCGUAUUUGCUCAAAUACAACAAGCUCAACUCGGAGUCGUUAAACAGAUAUUUCCAAACGCUCCUUGCCGAUGUUUUGAUUUCAAGAACCCCCAGCAACAACAUUUAUUACAUGAACGCUUCAACCUUUGAAGUCCCAUGCAAAAAUAUUUUUAGCUUUUCCCACAUUCCAACCAGGAGACUGGGGUAUAUGUCAAUGCCCGUCGUAACCUUAAUAGUGUGUUCUCUUCCCAGACUAAAUUAUUUAUCAAACAUUUCUAUGUUUUCUUUUGCCUUAUCGAUUUGGGUUUGUUUGUUCCUUGUCAAGAUAAUUCUUUCAAUCUUGAUUGUUUCAUAUUCCAUAUCGGCAAAACAUCAGCUGAGGAACUUGGGAAAGCCAUAUGAUGACAUUAGUGCAUUGUGA